AUGCAGUGCGAAAAGGGCAAAUGGAAGACGCUGGAUCUCGAGAAAAAAGAAUGCAAGAAGUUGUUGAAGGCAAGGCCUUCUUUCCUGAAGUGUUGGCGUUCAAAUCCGCAGAAGUUGAAUUUGCAAGAUCCAGUUCGGGAGGUGCAGCUGUUGAAGGGCCCGCCGGUGGCGGCGCUGCUGCUGCUUUCCGCCUCGCCAGCCGCAGUCUCACUGACACGGGCGGAGCAGAUGGUGGCGAACACGUACAUCCGCGUGGACUCCGCGGAAGCUUCUUCUUUUUUUCCAAGUGUGGGCCGCGGCGGCCUGCGGGAGUUCUCUCCAGACAAAGCCUUGACUCGCGGCUCGGGCUACUGGUGCUCCGAGGGAAACCACCGCAGAGGCGAAGUCGUCAGCUUCACAGGCCGGCUCCGAACGCGGAGGUCGGUGGAGGGCCUCGAGAUCCACUGGGCCUACGCACCCGGAAAGGCUGAAGUGAACCUGGCGGCCGUUGCAGUGGCGGUGGCGGCGAGUUUCGACGGCUCGGAGCCUUUUCAAGAAGUGGUUUCUUUCCAAGACGUGAAUUCUGCGGGGCCUCAGUUUCGUCAAGUGUUGACUUUUCCGCGGCCGGUGGAGUUGAAGGCUUUUCGGCUUUUCAUGAAAGACCCGCAGAGUCAGUACUUCGGGAUUAGUUUGCUGCAGCUGCUGGGCGGCGGUUUUCCCGUAGUGCGCAUUCAAAGCGGCAUCACAAGUCCCCACCAGUGCCCCGCCUCCGCAGGCCAGCUGCGAAACCCCGUCCUCGGCCGCUGCGCCGUCCUGAAAGACAACAACGUAAAAGACGGAGGCGAAAUCGUUUUGGGAGACUGCGAAGUUGAAUACAACUUCCAAGACGGGCGCAGCGUUUGGGAGUUGCAGGCGAACAACCAGCUGCUGCUGCUGCGGGGCAGCAGCAGCUGCUUGUCGCAGGAAGGCAGCAAAGCUGGCAGCAGCGACGUGGCGCGGAACGCAGAGGCGCGCAGCAGCCACUCGCGGGCGGAGGGUUUGCAUGCGCCUGCUGCUGCAGUGGACAGCAGCAGCAGCAGCUACUGGGCCUCUCCGGAGUUUGCGAAAAAUGCUAUUCCCCCUUUUGUGGUUUUUGAAGUGGACUUGGGCAAAGCCUUCAAACUCCAACGCGCUGAGAUCGACUGGGAAUUCCCUCCGCUUUCUUUUUCUGUCUUUGCAAGUUCUGACAACUCCAACUUCUUCCAACUCGCCAGACACCCCGCCAACUGUACGUACACCUCAACCGUCGACCUCAAGGCCACCGUCGCCCGCUAUCUCCGCCUCCACCUCGAGAAACCCCACCCCACUUUCGGCGUUUUGAAGGACAAGUUUUUGUACGGAAUAAAGACCCUCUCCGUCUUCAGCAACCGCCUGCGCUCCGUAGUGGACUUCUGCGCAAAGGCGAAGACUGCGGGCGACGCGCGCGACAAAUUUUUUUUCGAGUUGGUGGCCGAAGAGGACUUGGGGGGGCGGCGGGCGCUGCAGCGCGCGGGGGCGUUUGCUGCUGCUGCUGCUGCUGCGCUGGCAGCCAGCUUGGCAGCAGUUGAGGAAGUGCUGCAGCCCCUCGAAAGCUGCUUCAGGGAAAAGAAAAACAAUUUCCACAAACUCUCCCGCUUCCGCGCAGAGAUCGGGGACGCGGAGAGGGCCGCGGCGCUCUUCGAGGAGCAGCUGGUGUCGGUACACCCGAACCCCGCAGUCCCUGCCCUGCCCGGGCUGCAGCAGCAGCACCCCGUGGAAGACUGUUACUCUUUGCAAAAGAUUUAUUCCGAAAAGAGUUUUUCUUUUUCGGAAAACAAAUCCAACUUCGCCACUUCCGGCUUCUACUGGGCCGCCCCCGCCUGCGCCCCGAAGCCCCUCCGCGUCUUCUGCGACUUUCCCGCCGCCGCGACUUUCGCAGCAGUCGCCGACACUGACGGCGUUGUCUCCCUCAAAGCAGCAGCGCAUGCAUGCAGCAGUGAGUCGAGGCUUCUUUAA